AUGAUACGCCAGCAACAACACUUUUUGGUGCCAUUCCGAUCAACAUGUUCUAUGUGCAAUCGUAACUUGAAUGUGUCUGAUGCCAUUCAAAAGCAACUUCGUCUGUAUUGUGGAGAUGGUUCAGUUGUUACCGCUACAACCAUCAGUCUUCAUUGUUAUCAUGAUUUAACGUCUUCGACGCGCACUAUCAAUCAAGAUCCAGUGGACAUAUUUUCCAACUUUACACGAAUAAACAAGUGUAAUGUUUACACUCACGACAGCUUACAUUACGGCGAUUACGUUUAUUUGGGUGGAGACAUUGCAGUUGAACGUGUUAUUAUCAAUAAGUAUACCGCACAGAUAAUACAAAAUGACUUUUCGAUGAUGGGAUUUGCUGCUAGUCUGAAUCAAGAAGCAAUUAAUCUCGGGCAUCCUCAAAUGGCAGCUGUUGACCGACGGUUAUUAGGAAAUAUUAUCCAUGCUUACUUAAUCAUUCAGUUUGAUUUAUCAAUGGGAAACAUAUCAGUUUCGACUCCAUGCAAAUUAUCUGAUUUCAAUGAAUGGGCUUGGAAUCAGUUUCCACGUUUAUUGUCUAGCUUUAUUUAUUUAUGGAUGAACCACCGCACGCUUAUUGGAUCAUGUGGUAUACAUUGUUCAAAAUGCUUGGUCAUUGAUGGCCAUCAAAAAAGUCGUCGUCGGAUCUGUGCUUUCAAAGACGUGAAAGUACAGACAGAAGAAAUGAACGAUUUGGUCAUUGGAUGUUGCAAAACUCCUGUUCGCUAUUCUCGUUAUUGUGAAACCCAUAAUGAUUUAUCAUCCGCAAUUACCCGCAACAGGAGACGGUCGUCCACCAAAAGAAAGAAGCAAAUUAAAAGGUUUUUUCACCUAGUUUCACAGAAUUCUUCUCGGCGAGCUGAUCGUUUAAACGCAACAAGUUGUCGAACUCUCAAAGCAAGAUCUGAUUCAUAUGUGAAUAGAUGUACAAGAUCAUUUGGAAUAAUCGCACUUGUUAGUAAUUGCCGAAUAAUAACAUCCUUUAGUGAAUUGUAUCGAUCAGAAACUCUUCGUGAAAUCAUCAAUCUGUUUGCUGUCAGUAUACGAGUUGCUGGUAAGCUUGCGUCUACGUGUGUCUAUGACGAUGGUUGUCAUCUAGUUCGAUAUAUUAAAAAUCAUAUCGGACGAGAAAUCAAUAAAACACCAGCAAUGAUAUUACUUGAUUCAACUCCUAUCAGUAUAGAUCGAAGUCAUUUUCGAAAUCAUGUCGGCACAUUUUGUCGUACUACCAUGAAUCCAGACAAAAAUCCAUUAUUGAAGGAUGUGAACACAGAAGCAGCAGAACAGACCUUUUCGUGGCUUAAGCACUAUGCACCAAUCAUCAGCAAUAUGAAUCACCUACGUGCUCCACUUUUCAUGCUUAUCUUGUUCCAUCUGAAAAAUUUAUCUAGAGUCAAACGUUCUCCAUCUUUUGUUAUUGAUAUCAUUGCUUCGGUGCCCAAAGUUGAAGACUAUUCGUAUCCAUAUGAAAAUCUCCGACAUACAGCUGUCGACUUAAUUUUGAGCAGUUAG